CUCAUCGAAAAAGCGAACGAACGGAGAAAAAAUGGUGACGGAUAAUACGCCACAAGGACGAGGAAGAAGAACACCACUUGCGGCGGCGGGCGGCUCCAAGAUUCCCAGGUGAGAGAGAGAGAGCGAUAAAUUUGCAGAAACCACCUCGGGAUUCUCCACGAUCCUCGCCAUGUCCUCCUGCGUCACCACCGGCCCGCACCCCCACCACCACCACCGCUUCUCCGGCCGCCGCCGCCGCCUCCACGGCCAGGCGCCGCCUCGCCUCGUCGUCGCCGUCGCCGCGGCCGCCCCCUUCCGGCGCGUGGUCGCCUCCAGGGCGAUGAGCGCCGAGGCGCCCCUGGGCGUGACGCCCGCAGCGGAGGAUGGGGUGGGGGUGGCCGAGAUGGUGGAGGAGGCCGCCGUCUGGUGCGCCGUGCACGGGCUCGUCGUCGGUGACCGCUCGCAGCCGAGAUCAGGAACGGUCCCUGGUGUUGGUCUGGUUCAUGCUCCAUUUUCACUACUCCCAACACAUUUUCCAGCAUCGUUUUGGAAGCAAGCAUGUGAACUGGCUCCUAUUUUCAAUGAUCUUGUGGAUCGUGUGAGUUUGGAUGGUGAGUUUUUGCAAGAUUCCCUGUCUAGAACAAGACAAGUUGAUGAUUUCACUGCUAGACUGUUAGAUAUUCAUGUGAAGAUGAUGGAAGUAAAUAAGAAGGAGGAUAUCCGUUUAGGGCUACAUCGAUCUGAUUACAUGCUGGAUUCUGAAACCAAUUCACUUCUCCAAAUUGAGCUCAACACUAUCUCAUCAUCUUUCCCUGGCCUUGGUUCUCUUGUAAGCGAACUUCACAGGACCCUUCUUAAUCGAUAUGGUAAGGAUUUAGGCCUUGAUUCCAAAAGGAUUCCUCGAAACUGGGCUGCCACUCAAUUUGCGGAAGCAUUGGGCAUGGCUUGGACUCAGUUUAAUAAUGAAAGUGCUGUAAUUAUGAUGGUUGUUCAACCUGAAGAAAGAAACAUGUAUGAUCAAUACUGGCUCAUCAAUCAUUUGAAGGAAUCGCAUGGUGUGAAGACAAUCAGGAAAACAUUGGCACAGGUGGAGGCUGAAGGACAGGUUCUUCCAGAUGGAACACUUGUGGUAGACGGCCGGACAGUUUCUGUUGUGUAUUUCAGAGCUGGGUAUUCUCCAAACGAUUAUCCUUCUGAAGCGGAGUGGAAAGCAAGGCUUUUGAUGGAGCAGUCAUCUGCUAUAAAGUGCCCUUCAAUAUCCUACCAUUUGGUAGGAACGAAAAAGAUCCAGCAAGAACUAGCGAAACCUAAUGUUCUUGAAAGAUUCCUUGACAACAAGGAGGACAUUGCCAAGCUACGGAAAUGCUUCGCGGGGUUAUGGAGUUUAGAUAAUGAAGAAAUAGUAAAGACAGCGAUAGAAAAACCAGACUUGUUUGUCUUGAAGCCUCAGAGAGAAGGUGGAGGGAACAAUAUAUAUGGUCAUGAUCUGCGAGAAACACUGAUCAGACUCCAGAAGGAGCAGGGAGAGGCACUUGCAGCCUACAUACUGAUGCAAAGGAUUUUUCCAAGAGCUUCUCUUACUCAUCUGGUCCAGGGUGGUGUUUGCUUUGAGGACCUUACAAUCUCUGAGCUUGGGAUAUAUGGAGCUUAUUUGCGGAACAAAGAUAAGAUUGUCAUGAACAAUCAGUGUGGUUACUUGAUGCGCACCAAAGUUUCUUCAUCAAAUGAAGGUGGAGUUGCUGCAGGAUUUGCUGUUCUGGACAGUAUUCUCCUUACAGAUGAGUGAGGAAGCAAGGUAGCAGAGUUACAAGUGACUGCUAGCAGACAUAGGAAUGAAGCUAGCCGACAAAAGGUUGCGAUCUGAGAAUUCGGCUGAGCACCAGUUUCUCUUAGCCACAGGCAUACAAACCAAUGACAGCUAAACUAAUAACAGAUCACCAAUUUGCCAUUGAAAAGAUGUGAUGGAGACAAAGAAUAAGAUCUGCAAGUAUGUUAUUGAUAUAUAUAGCCCCCGAACAGAAAGGGAAAUAGAAUCAUCGAGCUUGUGCUGGAAGUAUAUGAACUGGUAGUAAAGGCAAGUAUUUCACUGCCCCACUGGAUGUUAAUGUAAAUAUCCAUGGUGACCCGCUGUGCAAAAUCUAUGAUAACCAUAAUUUAUUUUAGUUCAUAGAUUGAAGACAUUGCAACCUUGUAUCAUGGUAUUUGAGACCUAACAAUGUAAUAGUAUUCGUGUCAGCCAUUUUUUGAAAACGAAAAUAAGUGCAUAGUUCAAAUUCAGAUCACCUUUCUUGUCUGUUGGGUGAGGCCAUUGGCAUUGCUUCUGCAAAGAUUUCUC